GAAUUCUUGAAUGUUUCACAACAUAAAGUCUUUUAAAGUUAUAACAACUUAUUAGAAUGAACUUGGCUUGUUUUAUUAUUAUCAAUUUAUUUAUUCAAUUAGUAUCAAGCAGUCACUUGACUAUUUUCCGAGAUGAACCGAAGUAUUUAGGCUACACUCGGCAAAUGUCUCGACAAUUGUUAUGUGUCAGUGACAGACCGAAAGACGCAAUUGUUUGGAAUACUAAUUUAUACUGGAUUGAUGAAAAUCUCAAAAAUUCCGAUAGAAAAGAAUCGACAGAUACAAAGCUUUCGAGAUUCACAGCUAAUUACGAACAACAAAUGAGAAUCAAUGUGGAUAAAAUGGGUUUUAAUUUAUGGGGUCAAGAAGGUGGCAAUUGGAGCAUCGUAGAUUCUUGUGAUAUUCCGAUGGGUCCAGUUUAUGAUAGUCGUUGGGAAGGUUUCACAGAUUUUGAAAGUAGCACCUUCAAGCCCAUAAAAAUAAAGAAAAAUGGAGUUCCCACUACUCUUAAAUUUGGAGCAACUGGUAGUUUAGCAUUUUCUAUCAGAGGACGAAAGAAUGCUCACAUACUAAUAUGUGAGUCAGAAAAAUUUGAGAGCGAUUUUUGUUACUGGAUUAUAAUCGGUGGUUGGGAGAAUACAAUUUCUGGAAUGAGAAAAUGUGAAAAUGGUGUACCAUGGGAAAUUCCACCCAAUAAUUCUCCUUGUCGUAUCUUGCAAAAUGAUUAUCGGAAAAUGUUACUGAGUUCUGAUGAAUGGAAAACAUUUGUAUUGACAUGGGAAGAAGAAACUCGUAAAAUACAAUUAUUUAAUCCAGAUAAAAAGAUUUUACAUUAUAGUGACUACGAUAAAAUAGAACUUAAGCAAACUUCGAAUAACUCAUACUAUAUUUUCUACAGAAAUCCAACCGAUGAAAUGCUAUUUCGCUAUCAUGACUAUAAUUAUACUCUGACAACAGACCGUGGUGCAAUUCUUCGAAGUUCACCACUGAUAUCAGGAAAUUCGCCAGAUAUAUGUAUUGAUAUGCUAGUAGGUUUAUGUUAUCAUUGCAAUUUAAUUGUAAGUAUCAUAGAUGGGGACAGGGAAAAAGGGACGGCCAUCUGUAAUUUAGAAGAAGCUGAUCCAAUGAAAGAUCACUGGGCAAUAACAAACUUCGAAAAUUGUUUACCAGAAGGCACUUCAAAUUCCAGUGAAAUGGAAAUGACAGCAACCCAAGAUUAUGCAUCAGGUUACCUUUGGCCAUCUGUUAGCUGUCAAAGACUGUCAUAUGAAGAUCCAAAAUCAGAAGUUCUUGAAGCUAUUAAUGUGCUUCCUACCAGUUCAAAUAACUUUGAGAUUUGUAAAAAUUUUAAUUUUGGACCAAAUUGUGAAAUUAAGUGCAGCUCUUUUUCUGAAUUUGACUGCUAUGGUGUAGAAAUAUGUACUAAGCUUGGUUGCUCAUGUGCACAAAGGAUUAUACGGCCGUAUUUGUCUAACACUCAAUGUUCGCAAGGAUUAUAUGGUUUUGGAUGUUCAAAAAAAUGCAGCAACUGUAGUCUUGACAGCUGUGACAGAUACUCUGGUGAAUGUCUCUUAGGUUGCAAACUUCUCCACGGAUUUCAUUCUACCAACCCUUAUUGUGAUCAAGAUACAAGUGCUCGAGUAUUUUUAUAUGAAGAAGAAAAUUAUAAACUCAUCAAUGCUAUGUUUGAAUUCGAAGCCGAGACAGAUCAUGAAAGUAUUUUAAGAGAAAAAGCUCAUACUAAAAUAAAUAUUAUCAAUGGUACUGAAAAAAGUACUUUUUUUGCUAUCUUCAAUGAUCUGUUACCUGGAACAAAAUAUGAGGUAAAAGCUGUAAUGCACAUUCAGUUCGAGAAUAAUAAAUACAGACAACUCGUAGGGAGUCCGGCUAGUUUUAUAACACUAUGCAAUUUUUAUGAUAGAAUAAAAAAAUCUGAUGAAGUAUUAACGAUAUUUAUAUUUUUGAUUGUUUUCUUUGAAUUUUUUCUUCAGAAAAAAAUUUUUUCCCUAGGAAAUUCAUAUCCGUGUCCGGAUUCUUGGUAUUCAAUUGACUUAUCAAUAAUAUCACCAACGACAAAUGAGUCACGUCCAGUUCAUAUGAACGACACUGAAAUUAAAUUUCCAAUCACUUUAUCAAAUCUACAUCCAUUGACAGAAUACCAAGUAUGUAUAAACGGUAGUGACAAUGAGUUUCGAGAUUGUCAAAUAUUAUCCACUCUCGAAGCAGCACCACCGCCCGUAACCAAUUUGCAGGAAAAAUCUGUUACUGCAACUGGAGUCGAAAUUCUGUGGAAUUCCCCAGAACCAUCAAAUGGUGUUAUACUAGGUUACAACUUGACUAUUAAAGUUUUAUAUUACAUCGGUUGCAAAAGUAAACAGAAGACUCCAGAAAAUUUGAAAAUUUCAAAAACGUAUUCAAACAUUGCUCCUACUACUGAAGUAAUAUAUGAGUUAAAGAACUUAGUACCUUAUGUCUUUUAUGAAGUUUCAGUGUCAGCAUAUAAUUCAAGAGUAGGAAAUAAAAAUAGCUUUAUCUUUAGCACUAAACCAAGAGACAUACCUACUGAAGUAUUUACUAAUAUAAAAUUCUCACAUAAUCAAAUUACUUGGGACAAUCCAGUUGAUUGUUGGACAAUUACUGGCCCAAUUGAUGAUUCAAGAGUUGUUAUAACUGGAGUGAGUGAAAAUGUAAAAAACUUUUACUACUCAUAUGACACCAAAUCGCAUUUUGUAAAUUUAAAUUUAUUGAAAGCACAACAAAUUUAUGGAAAUGAGAAAUAUCGAGCUGAAAUUUAUGUACUUCGUGGACCUGAUAGAUUUAUAAAUAUUAGUGCUCAUAUUGAUUCUCUUUUUACCACGGAUCCAAGUCCUCCACCGAAAGUUCAAAACCUCGAAAUAGUAGAAAUAGAUGAAUCGAAUACCACCUUACGAUGGCAACAACCUUCAUCACCAAUGAAUGGCGAACUAGAUUAUUAUAGCAUCAGAUUUUUAGGAAGAAAUGAAAGAUUGCUUAGUGAAGUAAAAGUACAUCUUAACGAAACAUGUUACCUUUGGAAGAAUUCAUUAUGUAAAACUGUCCCACAUCCAACCAAAACAAUUAAACAAUACAUAGAAGUAAGAGCUCAUAAUAAAGGAGUCAAUAAUCCAGGUGAAUCAUUUAAAAUCGUUGACAAUCGUGAAGAACAAACUCCAGAACAACCUGAAAUCAUAUCAGUAACAGAAAUAAAUAAAGGAGUGGUAUAUGUAAAAUGGCAACACCCAUCCAUCACUGGUGGACCAAUAAAACAAUUUGUAAUUAUCCCAAAGAUAAUUGACACCGAGCUGAAAAAUUAUCCAUAUUCUAAAAAUUCUGAAACCAAAAAUGUUCCAAUUUCUAAAUAUGAGCCUGAAUAUUCUACUUACUUAUACCUACAACCAUCGACACGUUAUACCAUAUUUAUUCAAGGAAAAACAGCAACACAAAGUGGAAAACAAUCACAAGAAAUAAUUGAAACCGCUUGUGCUUUGGACUUUCAGUAUAAACCACAUCCUGUUCCGGAUAAUGAUACUUCCUUAAUCAACAUUGUCAUUCCACCAAUAGUCAAUAACACAAAAGAUAGCAAACUUCACAUCAUUGUUAAGGGUCCUUCUAUUUGUAAACAAGGAGGAACAUUGAGUGAACAAAUGGCAAAAGAUAUUGAAGUUGAUUAUCAUGAAGUAGCUUGGCGUGUGGCUACUUUUCCCAGUAAUAAAACAGCAAACCUAUCAUUCACAAUUGGAGAUGAUCAUAUUUAUGAUGGUGUGUCAAAUUGUCCUCUCAAUGUGGGUAGUACUUACGUUAUUGUUAUUUUGGUACAUGACAAAACACACUCAAAUAAAGCAGCUUUACCACUCAUUUGGAAAUCUGAGCCAAUUCAAAUUGGACGAAUUCCCAAGAUACAUCAUGAGUCAUGGGCUAUACCAGUUGUUUUAAUUGUUUUAAUUAUUGGUGGAACUAUGUACUACUGUUUACUUAAAAAAAGGAAUAAAGAGUAUUUUGAUAAGACACAAAGUGAUGAAAUGACUGAACCUAUUCCAAUUUACCCUAUUGUCCCUGAAAAGAAGAAUAGAAAAUCUGAACAUAUAAAUGAAGCAGAAGAUAUUUCUAAUAUGGUUGAUAUUCGAGAAUCAAUUUCAAUUACUCCAUCAAAUUCUACAGAACGUUUAAAUCGAACUAUUGCUACUGAGUCAAUAUAUGAAAAUUUGAAAGGUAACUCGUCGAUUAGAAUUAAUGAAUUUCAAGAUUACGUCAAACAGGCAAUCGCUACUGGAAAAUUGGAUCUACAGUAUGAGAUUCUUCGAAGAGGUCAAACAAAACCCUGGAAGUAUGGAAUAAUGCCUCAAAAUAAAUCAAAAAAUAGAUAUGGAAAUUUAAUUGCAUAUGAUGAAACACGUGUUAUAUUAGAAAAGCUACCAGAUGAUCCUUACUCUGAUUAUAUCAAUGCUAAUUACAUACAGGGCUAUAACAAUGAGAAAGCUUACAUUGCUACCCAAGGACCAAAACCAAAUACUUUGAUAGAUUUUUGGCGAAUGAUAUGGCAAGAAGAAAUUCUCGUGAUAUGUAUGCUAGCUAAUAUAAUCGAAGGUGGCAAGAUAAAAUGUGAACAAUAUUGGCCAGAGAUUGGAAAAGAAAUAAAAUAUGGAAAAAUUACUGUGGGUAAUAUCAGUCACACAGUAUUUGCGGAUUAUUCUUUUAGAACUUUUCAUGUAACUUUUGGACAGAAAAGUCGAAAGAUACGUCAACUUCAUUUUACGGCCUGGCCAGAUCAUGGAGUUCCCUUAUAUACUCAAUCAGUGGUAUCCUAUCUAAAAAAACUACUUGCAACUCCAACAGGAAAUGGACCAAUAUUGGUCCAUUGUAGUGCUGGAGUUGGUAGAACUGGAACAAUCAUUGUAUGUGAUAUAUGUUUACGUCGUGCUGCUGGUGAAGGAGUCAUUGAUGUCUUUGGAGAAACAGAAAUGAUGAGGAACCAACGAGCAAACAUGGUGGACAAUAAACAACAGUAUCUACUUGCACAUUUAGCAUUAGUAGAAUGUCUUUUAGCCUUACCAACAUCAAUUCCAUGUAAUGAUAAUCUACCAUCAAACAUUCAAGAAUUCAAAAAUCAACUUACAUUACAACAGCAAAGACUUGAAGAAUCUACCUGGCAAGAUCGAGCUCUUCAACCAUUAGCAGUUUCUCCGAAAUUAUCCGAGGCAAAUCUUGCCAAAAAUCGAUUCCCUGAAUUAGCACCUCUUUCUUCAAGAAUAUACAUAUCAAGAUAUCCAACUACAGAAGAUGAUAGUAAUUAUAUUACUGGGGUUUAUGUUGAUAGUGCAAGAAAAAAGAAUAAUUAUAUUGCUUCUCAACUGCCAUUACCUAAUACUGUGGGUGACUUUUGGAGAAUGGUUGUUGAAUUAAAAGUUGAACUUAUUGUUUUACUUCAACCAGUUGAUCUCAAUGAUGAAACUUGUGGCAAAUUCAUCCCGAAGCCUGAUGAAGAAAUGAAACCUGUACCAUUUAUAACUUUAAAAGGAAAAAGUAUAGCUGAUUCAGAAAUUUAUCUCCAACAAAGAGUAAUUUUAGCUAAUAGUUUAGAGAAAUGUGGUAAUGAGAGAACUAUCACUAUCCUAACUUGUAAAGACUGGAAACCAGGGAAAAAUAAAUCACCACCCAAGCCUGCUAUUUUAGUAGAUUUAUGGCAAAGUGCUGAAAGAAUUUCAAGAAGUGAAGAACCUACACUAGUUCUUUGCUAUGAUGGUGUAACAGGCUGUGGUCUCUAUUUAGCUCUAAGUUUCCUUUUAGAAAGAAUGGGAUUAGAACGCGAAUGUGAUGUUUGUUUGGCAAUACGAGCAAUAAGAAGAUCUAGAUCUGAUUUUUGUAAAUCUAUCGACCAAUUUGCAUACCUGUAUGAUGCUGCAGCAGUAUAUUCUGAUUAUUUUGAAACAUACGCAAAUUUUACUUAAGUAAUUAACUGUUAAAAAAUCUCUAUUUAUCAUUAAUACUUUUUAAAAUCAAACUGUAUAAACGCU